AUGGCAGAUCACAAAUUUGUGUUGCGCCGCUCCGACUCCAUCUCCUCCCUGGCUUCCGUCACGUCGGAGCGCCGCCACCAUUCCAAGCGUCCCGCCCAAGGCGCCUUGAAACUGGACCUUGAGUUUGAGGCUCCGCCAGACAGCAAGGCGCGCAAGAAAACAGCAGGCACUCUUCACAUCUUGGUCAAGGAGGGCAUCGGUCUCUCAACCAAGGAACCCUACGUGAAGCUCUACCUCUCGGAAAAUGGCCAGGAUGUCAAAGGCACCAAACAAAAAACCAAGCCCAGCAAGAAGGGCACCGACCCUUUGUACGAGGAACGCUUUGCGUAUUACCUCAAACCCAACAUGAAACUGCCCCAAGUGCGCGUGCAAAUCACCUUGUGGGACCGAUCCCACCUCGGUAGCAACUCGUGCAUUGGCGGCAUGUCCUUCUCCGUUCCCGACAUUCAGGCGGAGCCUCGCCUUCAGGGCUGGUAUCAACUUCUGCCCGAGGUGAUGGGCCGCGAGCAACACAACCUGCUGAGCAAGGAAGACACAUUGUCCCCGAGUAAAAUCGCCGAGACCAUGGUACCUUCGCAUGGCGGCUCCUCUGAGAGUCUCAACUCCAUCACGCGGGGGGACAAGGACAAGGACAAACGAGAAAGCACUGGCUCCUUCCGGCGUGGGCUCAAGGGUCUCGUGGGUGGCCGCAAGCACAAGGACACCACGGACGUCAAAGAGGAGAAACUGGCCGCUGCCACCGUUCCCGCCAGUCUGUCGACCGCCCAGGACUUUGAGGCACAAGCCGCUGCCUUUGAUCGCUUUGCACAACCCGUUGUCAAGCAUGACCCACACCCAGACGACGAGGACGGGGCUGAGGCCGGCCUUGCCGCGUCCGAACCGCCCGAUGAGCUUGACAUGGAUGCGUCUGUCGACCCAGAUCCCACUCCCGUGCCUCAAAGUGCGACGAGCCAACGUAGCAAUCCGUUUGACCAUGCACCCUCUGAUUCUCAGGCAGAAACGGAGCAGCCGGCACGGGUCUCUCCAACGGCCGUCCCUCCAACGGCCGUCCCUCCAACGGCUGUCGCUCCAAUGAUCCGCACAGAUAUCUUAGACAUGUCAGACUCUGAAUCCCGGGCUCAGUCAGAGCUCACGCCCAAGGCCUUGCCCAAGACAGAAGGAUCCAAGACAGAAGGAUCCAAGACAGCAGGGCCCAAGACCGAGCCCCAGCCCGAAUCCAAGCCCGAAUCCAAGCCCGAGCUCAACCCCGAGCCCAAGCCCGAGCCCAAGGUCGAGGCCAAGGCUGAAUCUAGGACCCUACCCAAAGUGUUGCCCAAAGCUGAGCCAAAGGGCGAACCAGAACAUACGCCCAAGGCUUCAUCUAAAAGCAAGGCCAGCACAGACAACGGGUUGACUGCCGCCCCCGCCCCCGUCAUGAGUGGAACAUUUGCCAAUGAGCCACCGCAUGUGGCCAGCACACCGGACAAAAGCAGCGGUUUGAAACGCACAGUCUCGUCCGAAUCGCUCGUCUCCAUGAUCUCCGUCGCGCCGGAUCAGGUGGUAUCGGCCAAAAAUAUCUCUGGACAGCUGCACCUUUCGCUGGUGUACGAAGAGCGCCCUGGACACAAAAAGGGUAACAUGCUGCGCGUGGCCGUGACCGAUGCCGUUGAGAUUCAGAACAAGGCACCAUACGUCAAAUUUUACAUCAGCCGAAACGGCACGGACAUGAAGGACACCAAGACCAAGAGCAAGCACGGCAAGGCUGGCCUACCCGUUCCCAUUGAGCUCGAGGUGCCCGUCCCCGCUGAAGUGAACCACAAACCGGCCGCCUAUCGCCUGCAGAUCUCGCUUUGGGACCACGCGCGCCUCAAAGCCAACGAAUGUCACGGCGCCAUGUCAUUUUCCAUGGCAGAUCUCCUCAUGUCUGCCCGCACAGAGGGCUGGUUUCGCCUCCUUCCGUUCCAGCGCGGGCGCGCCAAUUGCGAGAAGCUUGGCGGGCCGGAGGUUCGUUCCAAUCCGCGCUCACGACGCGACUCUAAUCGCUCGACAUCCUCCAUCACGCGUACCGACUCGGGGCGUGUCCUCAAUCCCGAGGCAGAGGCCGUCAACCCUUCCUCCGGGUUGGCAGCAACGACUUCCGCCUCGUCCACGACGGCCAAUGCCACAGCUUCUCGCGGCCAGCCAACUAGCUCAGGGAUCACAGACCCGCCGGGCGGUGUGAGCGAGACCACGCCCAGCAAUCAUCGCGUGGCGGGGCUGCGGCGCACCAACAGCAACGACUCGCUCCUCUCCAUCACGUCGGGCAAUGUUGUGCAACACGGCGUUAUUCAAGGCGAGGUCAAUGUCAACCUCUGGUUUGAGCCAGCGGAUGACAACGACGUCAAGUAUCUGGGCUGGAUCAUGGUGACCGUUAACGAAGCGCGGCACCUGUCCUCAGGCGACACGUACGUGAAGCUGUACCUUCUGAGUCAGGGCCGUUCGGUGCGGGCCAGUAAACAAAAGACACGGGUGGUGAAGAAGCAGCACGACCCCAUCUUCGAGCAGCGGUUCAAAAUACCGGUAGCGCGAACCUACAGUGUGGACCAAGACACGGCUCUGGAAAUUUCAGUGUGGGAUAGUGGACGGCUCAAGGCCAACGAAGUCUUGGGAUGCAUUUUAUUCCCACUUGACGCCAUUGCAAGCACCAACGCCAGCAACGGCUGGUUUCCGCUCAUCAGCUAUCACGACAGCCGAGCCAAGGCCAAGCAGAUGGCGGAGACUGUGCCCUCACGUGCCGGUCGUAGUGCAGCGCGCAAGCCAGGGUUGACUUCGGCUUUGGGGCGGGCGACAGGUCUCCCACAUAGCGCCUCCCAGGAAAACCUGCACGAGGCCGAGAUGGGGGACGGCGCUGGCGCCAGCGAGGCGGCGGCCGGCAAGAAGAAGCGCCAUCUCCCGGGCAUGCGAGGCGGGGGCAGCAAGGCCCAGCUGCAUUCACAGGUGGAUGAGCUACAGGAGCGGGUAAGACAGCUCGAGGCGGCUGAGGCACGCCAUAUCCAGGAAAAGGCUGCUUUGGAGGAGAAGUUGCAAGAGGCCCGCAAUGCCACUGGCGUUGCCAGCAUGAAGAAGCGCUAUGCCGAAGCCAUGCAAGAGCUGGACGAGUUGCGCCAGCGUAGCAUGACGCAGUCCGAGUUGCACGAUCGACUGGACGGGCUGGAGGAUGAGAACUUUAAGUUUCAACAGCAACUCAAGCUCUUGCACGGGGACAAGGAGCGCAUGACCGAGGAAAUAUCCCAUCUUCGCGAUCGGGUGAGUGACAUGACGACAGAAAUUCAGGGACUACGUGCCUGGAAGACCGUGUUAGUCGAUGAGCUGCUCAAGGCAGAUCCACGAGCCUUGACCCGCUGCACCGUGGCCAUUGCCAAUUCCAUGACCUCGUAGCUGCAGCGACGUGGGCAUCCACGGCGGUGUGAAGGGAGGCACGUUGUACAUGUUUUUGUGCAUUGUAGACUGGAUUUGGCCCCUGCACGCUGCGCGUGCGGCGACAUGUGAAUGUGCCAGAGCAAUGCUGUUCAUGUUUCAUAGUGCAAACGGUGAAUGCGAGUGUUUGUGUCGAUAAUAACAGUCUGUUGGCACACGGUCUAUGGUCCCGUCACGAUGGAUGGGUCUGAUGAUGCUUUGCCCAAUUCGUUGUUCAGAUUGUGCCAAGUGUUGUGACCCGUGCGCCGAUGAACCAGCGUGAGGGACAACUCUUUCAGAUGCGUCACACGUGACUCAAAUUUGAAAUUAC